AUGACAGAAAAUAAGAAUUCUACUGAUAUCAGUGAAGUCUUACCACCGUCUUUAGCGGCUGUUAGAGACAUAUUUGCUGAGUUUAACGUCUCAGAUGUUUCAGACGAAAUAUGUACUCGAGUUCUGGAUGUUUUGUAUAGACAUACGUGUGAUGUUAUCGAAGAGGCUAAGGCUGUUUCACAUCACGCUGGUCGUUCCAAAAUUGAAGAGGAUGACAUACAACUGGCUAUCAAUUCAGUCACCGAUGGACUUAUGUUUGCACCUCCCUACAGAGACCAGUUAUUAGCGUAUGCUGAAAAAAAUGAACAACCACUCCCAGCCAUUCGUCCUCACUGUGGUAUUCGUUUACCAGCAGAGCGCUUCAACCUUACAGCCCCCAAUUAUUCACUGGUAUCUUGUGUAGCUAACGGAAAAACAAAUCCAUCCUCGGAAUUUGUCAGUGAUUCUUCGAUAACUGUUCAUAUUCCCAAUCCAAUGAAUUCUACAAAAGGUAUAUUCAGAGCUAUGAAUCCUCAAAAUAGACCGAUCAAUGUUGGAAAUCCUAUGGGAUCAUCUGUGCAUGUUAUUGCUGCUCCUGGCAUAGGUCCUUCUAUGAUUCGUGUACAGACUGUUCAAAAUGUUGCUCAGCUAUCGAAUGUUGACAACAGUGGUACUGGUUUGAGAACACUAUCCGUUGGUCCCACAAUCUCUAAUGGUGAACUAAGAAAAUCGUUUCGAAGACCAGUAUUUCUGUUUGUACACGGUGAAUCAUACGAGUUCGGAAGUGGUAACGCAUAUGAUUUGUCCGUGUUAGCCAGUUAUAGUGAUGCAAUCGGUAUCACUUUAAAUUACCGUUUAGGUAUACUGGGUUUCCUAUCUACAAACAAUGAUGGAAUCAAUGGAAAUUUUGCGCUUUAUGAUUUGCAUGGAGCUAUUAUGUGGAUUAAAACAAAUAUUGAAAGUUUCAAUGGUGAUCCAAAUGAAAUUACGCUAAUUGGUUAUGGUUAUGGAGCUGCUCUUGUGCAUUUGUUUGCCUUAUCAAAAAUGUCACAAGGUACUUCUAGGCAUGGUAUUAAACGAAUAAUUCUACUGAAUGGAUCUGGUUUCGCCUUAUGGGCAACAUCACAUCAUACUUCAUCCAUUUUAGCUGAACUGAUGAAACAUUUUAAUAUAACGAUGGAAAAUUUUAAAAACAAUUUAUCUACCCACCAGGUCAACCAAAAUGAGAAUCAAAACAAUGAUUAUGUAAACAAACAAAAGUCCUUAUUUGCACAAAAUCAAAAUUUGGAUCCAUUUAAAAACUUAAGCAGUACAAUACAACAAAUAAGCGAUUCUUCGAUUAACGGUAAUAGUACCACUUUUAAAACUAGUGGAAUACCUAGACAAUUGAUAAGACUUCUAUUCCAGAAAUUGAAAAAUUCAUCGGUUGAACUGUUGAUAAAUUUACAAAACAAUUUAUCACAUCCCCUUGUUACAACACGUUUUGGACCAGUUAUAUCUAAACAUUUGUUUCCCAGUUAUCUGUUACAUAACAGUGAUGGUCAACAUUAUUAUAACAACAAUAAUAAUGAAUCAAAAAAUCUGUCACGAAGUUCGUAUACUUAUUCGCAACAACCUAAACAAUGGAAUGAGAAUCAGUUUUCUGAUACAGUCAGUGAGCUGAAGUAUUCGACAGUAAAUAUCCCUGCUAUAGAGACAAGUUUAUUCAUGAAUACAGAUUUAAUGGUUGGAUGGACUGAGUCACCAGCAUCUGAUCUAUACUACAUUCAGAGUGCUUUGCAUAAAAUGCAAUACAGUUCAUUAUUGGGUAAUAUCAUAAAAGAAAUAUACCCUAACAACCAAAAGGUGAUUAAAGAAAUCGUUGAGCAUAUUUACUGUGGCUUAGAUGAAGCUCAUCUGGAUUAUAAUCUUGACAAUGAUGAUUAUGUUAAAGGUAAUCGAGGUCAAUUGGCUGCAGAAAGUCAUUCAGACAGAACAAUCAAGGACACUCAGUGUUAUCGGAAAAUACAAGAUAUAUUAUCUGAUGGAUUAUACAUUGCUCCAAUAAUGCAAACAAUGAAUAUGCAUGCUAAUCAUCAAGCAAAUCAGGAAACUGACAAGGGAACACAACAGCCUUCAACCUCUUCGACAUCAUUAUUUCCCAAGCGAAAAACAGUGACUGCUUUUCCAAAGGCACCAGAAGCCAGUAUUGGUAAAAAUAAGAAGUCUACAUAUGCUCUUUUCUUCAAUUAUAAGUCAUCUAAACAAUUUUUAAGGCAUGAAAUGUUCAAUGGCAAGGAUAAUCGGAUGGAUAAAGUUGGUUUUGGUGAUGAUCUACCUUACUUACUCGGCGCACCAUUUGUCAGUCCAAAUCAGCUUGAACCGUUCGCUAAUAGUUUCACGGAAACUGAUAAAAAGAUAUCUGUUAGUCUUAUGAGCUACUUGACGAAUUUCAUAUAUUAUGGUGAUCCAAAUAAAGAAUUUCUUGGACAUCGAACAAAGAAAAUACCAAUUCAUUGGCCAGAAUAUACUCCCCAUUCAAAACAUCAUCUGAACGUUGGUAGUGAAUUUAAAAAAAAACAAUCAUUUGAUCAAACAAGAAGGCAUUUUCGUAAUUUAUGGGAAAAUACUGAGAAAAAUGAGCAAAAUUUAUUUACAAUUGAACAGUUCUAUGAAAAUCACAAGCAUAAAAUAUGGUCUAAAUUAUUUCCCCGUCUAACAUACUUAGCUAAAUCGCAUGAUUCUUUUUCUACUGGAUUCAAUCAAGAUAGAAAUAAAGAAAAUACUGAACAACCUUCACAUUAUAAACAACACUUAUUCAAUGAAUACUUUUAUUUUCUUCGAUUAAAACAAGAAAACUGGUUAAAUGAUCAGGGGAAUGAGAAGAAAUCUACUAUAGACUCAGUACAAUAUAACGAUCAAAAUGUGAUGUGUUCAGCGAAAUUUGUUGAGGAUAACAAACCUUUUCAAGCAUAUAUAAAUACUUCAGAGGUAUCCUAUGCAGUUAAUUUUAGUCAGCUACCUUUGUAUACAGAAAGUGGAAAUGAUGAUUACUCCAAUACUGUGGUAAUGUCAACAUCUGAAAACAAUAAUUUGUUGGUCAACUUCAACUCAUCAGUAGAAUUUCAUUCAAACAUUGAAAGCCUAGACAAAGAGAUCCAGUCAAAUUCACAGUUUUUAAUAUCAGGGUAUUCAUCGUAUUCUCACUCAACUUUAUUAUGGAUUAUCGGAGCAGGUUCAAUAUUAUUUCUGCUCAACACCUUAAUAUUCAUAGCAAUUUAUCACCAAACACACCAAUCACGAAGUGUCAAUCUUCCUCAACAAUCAAAAUCUACAAUGAAAACAUCAUCAAUUGUACCAGGAAAUGAAGAAUUGGAUGCUUUAUGUCAAAAACCUUUACACCAUACUGUUUCGCUGAAUAAAAAAGAAUCUUGGUCAAUGCAAUACAAGGAUGCCAGAAAUAUCAGUAAUACAGGUGUCAAUGGAACUGGAUGUAGUGUACAGGUUUUCCCACCUUCUGCCUCAUCAUCAGUGCCAAAGUGCUACCAAAAAAGUGAUUUAUCCUACCCAAUACAAAAAUCUCAACAGUUUGAUUUCAAUGCUUAUUGUAAUCCGAAUAAUCCAUUACUGGGCGAAACAUCUACAAAUGCCAUCAACAUGAAUAUUACUACUGAUAACAAUAACAGUAGUAAUGAAAACAAUGAUGUAAAUCUCAUGAAUUCAUGGUAUUCGGAAUCUCCAUCAGUUAUUGGACAAUCGACAAAUACAAUAAAGACAAGAUAUCUACAUCCAUAUCAUCAGCAGCACCAAAACAUACGAACAAAUAUCUAUUGA